AACAGCUGAAAACAUCUGCACAGAGCAGCUGUAUACCGUCAGCUACAGGAUGCACGUCUUGGCUCUACUCUUGACUCUUGUCUUACUGCUGAAAGAAGCACAGGCGUGGGGCUUCAAAAACGGAAUAUUUCAUAACUCAAUAUGGCUGGAACAAGCAGCUGGGGUUUACCAUCGGGAGUCACGCAAAGGGAAGUAUCAGCUGACGUAUAAGGAGGCCAAGGCUGUCUGCAAAUACGAGGGAGGGAACUUGGCCACUUAUGAACAACUGGAGGCAGCACGUCAAAUAGGUUUCCAUGUUUGUGCUGCUGGUUGGUUUGACAGAGGACGUGUUGGCUAUCCCAUCGUCAAAGCUGGUGCUAACUGUGGCUUUGGGAAAGUUGGCAUCAUAGACUAUGGAUACAGGCUGAACAAAAGUGAGAAAUGGGAUGCUUACUGCUACAACCCAACCUCCAAGGAGUGUGGAGGCAUUCAGACAGAGCAGCAGAAGAUCAUCCAGUCCCCCGGUUUCCCAGAGGAAUAUCAGGAUGAGCAGAUCUGCUACUGGCACAUUCGAGUGCGUUUGGGUCAGAGGAUUCACCUCCACUUCCUGGAGUUUGAUGUAGAGAACGACACGUCAUGUCUCGCAGAUUACCUGGAGGUGUAUGACAGCUAUGAUGAUGUGUCAGGCUUUGCUGGGAGGUUCUGUGGUGAAGAUUUACCAGACGACAUCAUCAGCACAGGAAACGUGAUGACCCUGAAGUUUCUCUCCGAUGCCUCAGUAACCGCUGGUGGAUUUCAAUUACAAUAUGUUGCUUUUGAUGCAUCGCUCGAUCCACAGAAUCAAACCCACAACUUUACUGCCACUCCUCUUCACUGAUGUCACUCUGUUGCUGUAUUUAUGUUCUUGUUGGUUACCUCAUCUCAUCUAAUGAAAACAUCUUUAUGGCUCUUUAAAUGAAUGAUUCUGUGAAAUAAACAUUCUCUGUGUUAUCAUCA